AUGGCAUACCUUCAAUUAUUGAUGUUGAUAAUAUAUUUUGUAAAUAAUUAUUCCCCUGUGUCAGGAGGUACACAGUCAGACACACGGACAAAGCUUGACUCCAUAAAGUCCUUGAUCUACAGUAAUGCUAAGGCUACUGUUACUCUGGACUCUACAGCUCUGAGGGAACUCGUCAAACUCUCAACAUCAGGAAAUACAUUUGCUGCUUUGCCCAAACCAACCAAAGGAAUUAGUUUCUCUGUUUAUAUUGGGAACAAAAUUCUUACUGUUGGUCAAGGACAGACCAUUAAAUAUGAUGGGAUCCUGACAAACGAUGGUAAUGGAUAUGAUGAUAGAACAGGAGUAUUCGUGUGUCCAGUGGCCGGAACUUAUAUGUUUGUCGUUGAUACUCUCUCCAAUGUGGACACCUGGUUUGGUAUAAAAGUAAAUAAGCAAACUGUUGCAAAAAUGCAUAGACCACAUUAUAAAAACAUUUGGGGUCAGUCAAGCAGAACUGUGAUAGUGAAACUAAGGCUUGGUGAUCAUGUCAAAGUGGAAAACGAGUAUAGUACGGUUCAAAUAUAUAAAAGUGGAACCUCGGGAUUCACGGGAACACUACUUUACUAA